CUUGGAUUCUCUUUUCAGGCCAUCAUCAGAAAAGCUAAGUUUGCUGUAUUGUAAGGAUCAGAAGAUCUGAUCCUGAUUGCAGAACCAUCCCUGAUUACAGAAACUGGGUUGUGUCCCCAGCCUCAUCCUUCCAGACCAUUCCAGGAGAUCUAGGAGGUUCCAUCUGGGAAAACACGAGGAGUUCUUGGAAGGGAAAGAAGGAAGAGGAUUAUUGGUUGGAAUAAAAACAGGGUUGAAUGAGUUCCAGAAAGCAGGGUUCUCAAACUCGUGGACAACAAUCUGCAGAAGAAGACAACUUUAAAAAACCAACUAGAAGCAAUAUGCAGAGAAGUAAGAUGAGAGGGGCCUCCUCAGGAAAGAAGACUGCUGGUCCACAGCAGAAGAAUCUGGAACCGGCUCUCCCAGGGCGAUGGGGGGGUCGCUCUGCAGAGAACCCCCCUUCAGGAUCUGUGAGGAAGACAAGAAAGAACAAGCAGAAGACUCCUGGAAAUGGAGAUGGUGGCAGUACCAGUGAAGCACCCCAGCCACCUCGGAAGAAAAGGGCCCGGGCCGAUCCCACUGUUGAAAGUGAGGAGGCCUUUAAGAAUAGAAUGGAAGUUAAAGUGAAGAUUCCUGAAGAAUUAAAACCAUGGCUUGUUGAGGACUGGGACUUAGUUACCAGGCAGAAGCAGCUCUUUCAACUCCCUGCUAAGAAAAAUGUAGAUGCCAUUCUGGAAGAGUAUGCAAAUUGCAAAAAGUCGCAGGGAAAUGUUGAUAACAAGGAAUACGCAGUUAAUGAAGUUGUGGCAGGAAUAAAAGAAUAUUUCAAUGUGAUGUUGGGCACUCAGCUGCUCUACAAAUUUGAGAGGCCCCAGUAUGCAGAAAUCCUCUUGGCUCACCCUGAUGCACCAAUGUCCCAGGUUUAUGGAGCCCCACACCUACUGAGAUUAUUUGUAAGAAUUGGAGCAAUGUUGGCAUAUACGCCCCUUGAUGAGAAGAGCCUUGCAUUAUUGUUGGGCUAUUUGCAUGAUUCUAAAUAUCUGGCAAAGAAUGCUGCAUCUCUGUUUACUGCCAGUGAUUACAAAGUGGCUUCGGCUGAGUACCACCGCCAAAGCCCUGUGAGGGUCUACUGACCACUCACUGUUACGUCUGGUAUCUGUAAACACUCUUUUUGUUCUUAGUCUUUUUCUUGUAUAAUUGAUGUUCUUUAAAAUUGUUAAUGUAUAACAGGGCUUAUGUUUCAGUUUGUUUUCUGUUUUGUUCUAAACAGAAAAUGAAAGGAGUACAAGCUCCUUUUCUCAUUUCAAAGUUGCUACCAGUGUACGCAGUAAUUAGACAAAGAAGAAACAUUCAGUAGAACAUUUUAUUGCCUAGUUGACAACAUUGCUUGAAAGCUGGUGGUUCUAUCCCUUUGACACUACACAAUUUUCUAAUAUGUGUUAAUGCUACGUGACAAAAUGCCCUGAUUCCUAGUGCCAAAGGUUCAACUUAAUGUAUAUACCUGAAAACCCAUGCAUUUGUGCUCUUUUUUUUAUGGUGCUUGAAGUAAAACAGCCCAUCCUCUGCAAGUCCAUCUAUGUUGUUCCUUAGGCAUUCUAUCUUUG